CUCUUCAAUUGCCCACUUGGAAACAAAAGUUGUCGUACCUGAAGAUUUCUCACAACAAUUUUAGUGGUCAACUACCCAAUAAUGUUGGCCUCUUUCUACCUGAAGUUGAUUACUUCAAUAUAUCAAGCAAUAGCUAGCAAUAGCUUCGAAGGUAAUCUUCCUCCAUAUAUGGAACAAAUGGAAUACAUGUCCUACUUGGAUCUAUCAAAGAACAAAUUUUCUGGAAAUUUACAAAUGUCUAUGUUCAACAAUAUGUCUGAUCUACAAUGUUUGCUGCUUGGAAGCAACAGCUUUAGUGGAAGCAUUGAGUAUGGGUGGAACAAUAGCAUGGUAAAUAUGGUUGUGAUGGAUAUAUCAAAUAAUAUGAUUUCAGGAAAAGUUCCUAGUUGGAUUGGGAGUUUGAGAAGUCUUCAAUAUCUCGGAAUAUCAAAAAAUCAAUUUGAAGGUGAACUUCCUGUUGGAAUUUGCUCUCUUCAUCAACUUAAGUUCUUGGAUGUCUCUCAAAAUAAAUUAUUUGGUAUGCCCUCUUGCCUCGACUCUUCGUCAUUGAUUUACUUAUGCAUGCGGGAGAAUUGCUUCUUAGGGCCUAUACCACAUGCAAUUUCAAAUGGCUCGAAGUUGGAAGUUCUUGAUCUCAGCUACAACUAUCUUUCAGGACCUAUUCCUAAUUGGAUUCACAAACUUACGAGACUACGAGUUCUUUUGUUGAAGAUGAAUCAAUUGCAAGGUUCAAUUCCCCAACAAUUAUGCGAAGUUAGAAAAUUAAAUAUUAUAGAUUUUUCAAAUAAUAAACUCAAUGGAUCAAUACCUCCUUGCUUAAAUACUAUGACAUUUGGGGCGAUAAAAGGUAGUAAAUAUUCAACUGUUGAAAAAAUGGCUGAUUUCGUUCGUGGGACUGAUUUUCAACCUAGAUAUUUUGGAAGUUAUUUCGGAAAUUUCCUACAACAUGAGUCUGUGRAAGUMACASGACAGAUCGAAGUGGAAUUUACURCGAAGAGUAGGUUCGACAUUUAUAAAGGGAAUAUUCUAGAAUAUAUGUCUGGACUUGAUCUAUCACAUAAUCAACUAACAGGUAACAUUCCACCGCAAAUUGGAGACUUGCUACAAAUUCAUGCUUUGAAUUUUUCGCACAAUAAGUUGGUCGGACCUAUACCAAAUGAAAUCUCCAAUUUAAAACAAUUGGAGAGUUUGGGUCUUUCCAAUAACUUUUUGAGUGGAAACAUCCCUUCAGAACUAGUCGGACUCAAUGCGCUUGCUAUCUUCAACGUGUCAUUCAAUAAUUUGUCGGGUAUGAUCCCUACAUCACCRCACUUCUCGACAUAUCCUGCAAGCAGUUAUUUUGGUAAUUAUCAUCUCUGUGGAUCAUAUAUUGAAGAAAAAUGCUCAAGACCUAUUUUACCACCAGACAACCAAUUUAUAAAGUCGAGAGAAGAACAUGGAUCAUUCAUUGAUUUACAAGCAUUCUGGUGGAGCUUUAGUGCUUCCUAUGUCACAAUAUUGUUGGGAUUUGUAGUAGUUCUUUACAUCAACCCUCAAUGGCGUGAAGCAUGGUUUUAUUUUAUUGAAGAUUGUUGUUCUUACUUUUGCAAGUGUAUUUGAAACAUAUUCUUCUCGUGUCAAACUUGAAAAAUCACUCCGUCUUUGGUUCAUGUAAUUUCUUAGUCACUUUGUCUUCCUUUUCUGAUGUAGCAAUUGGAUGCAAAAGUUAUGUAAAUGGGUGUGCUAGA